UUUCCCCUCAAGUUAGACUGUUUUUAUAAAGUCGUGCUGUAGCAGAGAAGUGAGCUUGAAAACUGAUUUUGGGUCUGUAGCAUCAGGUACUACUUAACCAGUGGGAGGGACUGAUAAAAUUAGCAAGUUGACUAACCACUUCCCUUCCUUGUGGCUCUUUAAUAUUAUAACGGAUACAGAAAAGUUCAGAAGGACUGGGCUAGUUUUCGAAACCACAGCACACUUUGGCAAAGAGGGAAUGUACAACAGAACGGAUGGGGUGGCUGGACGAGAGCAGCUCUUGGCUCAGCAGAGAAUGCACAGUAUGAUCAGCUCAGUGGAUGUGAAGUCAGAAGUUCCUGUGGGCCUAGAGCCCAUCUCACCUUUAGACCUAAGGACAGACCUCAGGAUGAUGAUGCCCGUGGUGGAUCCUGUUGUCCGCGAGAAGCAACUACAGCAAGAAUUACUCCUCAUCCAGCAACAGCAGCAAAUCCAGAAGCAGCUCCUGAUUGCCGAGUUUCAGAAACAGCAUGAAAACUUGACACGACAGCACCAGGCUCAGCUCCAGGAGCACAUCAAGUUGCAACAGGAACUCCUAGCCAUCAAACAGCAGCAAGAACUCCUAGAGAAGGAGCAGAAACUGGAGCAGCAGAGGCAAGAACAGGAAGUAGAGAGGCACCGCAGAGACCAGCCGCUUCCUCCCCUCAGAGGCAAAGAUAGAGGACGAGAAAGGGCAGUGGCAAGUACAGAAGUAAAGCAGAAGCUUCAAGAAUUCCUAUUGAGUAAAUCAGCAACAAAAGACACUCCAACAAAUGGAAAAAAUCAUUCCGUGAGCCGCCAUCCCAAGCUCUGGUACACGGCUGCCCACCACACGUCACUGGAUCAAAGCUCUCCACCCCUGAGUGGAACAUCUCCAUCCUACAAAUACACAUUACCAGGAGCACAGGAUGCGAAGGAUGAUUUCCCCCUUCGAAAAACUGAAUCCUCUGUCAGUAGCAGCUCCCCAGGGUCUGGCCCCAGCUCACCAAACAAUGGGCCAACUGGAAACGUUACUGAAAACGACACCUCAGUUUUGCCCCCUACUCCUCAUGCUGAGCAAAUGGUGUCCCAGCAACGCAUUCUAAUUCAUGAAGAUUCCAUGAACCUGCUCAGUCUUUAUACCUCUCCCUCUUUGCCCAACAUUACCUUGGGGCUUCCGGCGGUGCCCACGCAGCUCAACGCUUCGAAUUCACUCAAAGAAAAACAGAAGUGUGAGACCCAGACGCUCCGACAAGGCGUCCCUCUGCCUGGGCAGUACACGGGCAGCAUCCCAGCGUCUUCAAGCCAUCCCCAUGUGGCUUUAGAGGGAAAGCCCAACAGCAGCCACCAGGCGCUCCUGCAGCAUCUAUUAUUGAAAGAACAAAUGCGACAGCAGAAGCUUCUUGUGGCUGGUGGAGUUCCCUUACAUCCUCAGUCUCCGUUGGCAGCAAAGGAGAGAAUUUCACCUGGCAUUAGAGGUACCCACAAAUUACCCCGGCACAGACCCCUGAAUCGAACCCAGUCUGCACCUCUGCCUCAGAGCACAUUGGCUCAGCUGGUCAUUCAGCAGCAACACCAGCAAUUCUUGGAGAAGCAGAAGCAAUACCAGCAGCAGAUCCACAUGAACAAACUGCUUUCGAAAUCUAUUGAACAACUGAAGCAACCAGGCAGUCACCUGGAGGAAGCAGAGGAAGAGCUUCAGGGGGACCAGGCGAUGCAGGAAGACAGAGCGCCCUCUAGUGGCAACAGCACUAGGAGCGACAGCAGUGCUUGUGUGGAUGACACACUGGGACAAGUUGGGGCAGUGAAGGUCAAGGAGGAGCCGGUGGACAGUGAUGAAGAUGCUCAGAUCCAGGAAAUGGAAUCUGGGGAGCAGGCUGCUUUUAUGCAACAGGUAAUAGGCAAAGAUUUAGCUCCAGGAUUUGUAAUUAAAGUCAUUAUCUGAAUAUGAGAUGCAUUGCUGGUUUUGGUAAAUGGAUAUUAUUUCCUAUCUGUUUAUAUUUCUGAAUGAUUUGAUUUUAGUGGUUAAGGAUUCUACUUAAUGCAGAUAUAUCUAUAUAGAGAUUUCUCUAUAUACUGAUUUCUAUAUAGAUAUCAAGGUUUCAUUGAAACUCCACUGGUAAGGAAAUACUUGUUACACUAAAAUUAUACUACAUAAGUAUACAAGUAAUUAAUAGGCUUUAAAUUCAUCCCAAAGCCUGCUACACCAAUUACUUCUAAGGAAAACGAACUCACUGUUGUUUUUAGUUUAUCUGUUGAGAUCAGCGACUGCUGGAUAUAGUCACCCAGUCUGAUCAAUGAAACAUUCUAUUAGUUCUUGAUUUUUUUUUUGAUAUGUAGAAUUCAAUUUUCACAUUGUUGUACAUAAUGUAUCAUACUACAGUCUUGAACACUGUUAAAGGUAGUCUGCCCCUUCCUUCCUCUCUCUUUUUGUUAAGUUAAAUGUUCUGGUUACCACGCCAACAGUCCUUAGGUUAUUGUAUAGAUUGCAAUUGAAAAUAUUAGGAAUAGAGGUGGUUUUAAAUAUAUAGAUUGCAAAGUACAGCACUAUUUUAAAUAUUACAUUAUGUCUCACCUAGCACUGCUCAUUUUACUUUUAUCUUGUGUUAUUUGAUGACAUUGUUUAUCGAAAAAGAUCGAAUGAAGCCGAUGCAGAUAUUGGCCAGAAGUAAUGUGCAGCAUUAUGGUCCAAACAGAUACUAUAUGCUAUCUACAAUUGUAGAAAACACAGUAAUGGUAUGAUGAUUAUCUGAUACGAAGUCCCAAUCACGUUUAAAAGAAGAAGGUGUAUCAUAUUCUAUAAUCAUAUCAUUAGGAUCUCUUAGGUAGAAUUCCAUAAUGACUCGUUUUGGCAAAUAAGAACUUAGGAAAGUUAGGCUCAACAACAGAAUCUACUUGUAUAUAAUGCACCUUCAGAAGGACUGUGUCCUUUGAUGCUAUGAAAUACAAACAACUUUGAAGGCAACAGAAGACUCUGUUUAUUUAAGUCCGUUCUUUGUCAGGUUCCUGCUGUUCUCCUACAGAAAACUGAUUCUAUGAGGCUGAACAGGAAAUGCCUUGUGGAAACAGGAAGUCCAAGUGAUUCAUGUAAUGAGGAAUGUAGGGGAAAAAAAAAAAAAAACGGAGGAUAGUGUUUUACUCUUUCUGUUUUUAAAGGGCACUCUAUGAAUUGAUUUAUUGUCUAAGAAAAUAACACCGCAAGUAGGGAAAUUGUUAAGGAAGCUUUUCACUGGAACAUUUCCUUCAUACUCCCUUUUGAUAUGUUUACCUUGUUUUAUAGGUUUACUUUUGUUAAGCUAGUUAAAGAUUCCUUGUAUUAAGACCCCUUUAAUAUGGAUAAUCCAAAUUGACCUAGAAUCUUUGUGAGGUUUUUUUCUAUUAAAAUAUUUAUAUUUCUAAAUCCAAGGUAUUUUAAGGUGUAGUAUCCUGUUUCAAAGGAGAUAUAGCGAUUUUGCCAAAUGUAGACAUUGUAACAACUGUAUGUUAUUGGCACGUGUUGUUUACAUUUUGCUGUGACAUUUAAAAAUAUUUCUUAAAAAAAGGUCACUGCUAAAGAUACAUUAUCCUUUUUUAAAAAGUCUCCAUUCAAAUUAAAUUAACAUAACUAGAAGUUAGAAAGUUUAAAACUUUUCCAUAUAAUGAAAGUCCUUCUGUUAAUUUGACAAAUAGCUAUAAUAGGGCAACUUUUCCUAUUACCACCGUAUUUUGGUUAGUAUAUUCCUUAAGAUUAAAAUGACUUUUUGUCAGUUGUUUUGCAUUAAAAAUAUGGCAUUCCUAAGAUAAAAUUGUAUAUUUUUUCCAUCUCAUAAAUAUUCAUUUUCUUUAAAGUCUUUUUUCAAUCUCAUAAAAAAGGGAUAGUGCAUCUUUUAAAAUACAUUUUAUUUGGGGAGGAACAUGUGGCUGAGCAGACUUUUGUAUAAUAUUACUUCAAAGAUAUGUAAUCACAAACAAAAAAAAAAACCUAUUUUUUAUAAUGUCAUUUGAGAGAGCUUCAUCAGUACAGUUGGUGGACAUUAAUUGUUUGAAUUUGAUAGUCUUUGAAUUUAAUCAAGAAACUACCUGGAACCAGUGAAAAAGAAAGCUGGACUUAAUUCAUCUUAGAAUUAAUUGAUAAAUGUCUCUUUUCAAAUCUACUGUAUUUAUUAUAAUUUACACCCUUGAAGGUGAUCUCUUGUUUUGUGUUGUAAAUAUAUUGUUUGUAUGUUUCCUUCUUGCCUUCUGUUAUAAGUCUCUUCCUUUCUCAAAUAAAGUUUUUUUUAAAAGAUCCCCUUUCAUACAUUUGGCUUUGUGUAAACUUGAUAUACUUAAUCGGAUUUGAAGCUCAUGCGCUAGGUCUCAUAUACCAAAAUAUAUUGCCAUUCGUUGUUGAAACAAAAAAAUGAAGAUAUUUUGAGCAGUUAUUCUUCAUGCCAUUAAAAAUAAUAAACCCAACAAUGAUUUUAAACUGUUUAUGUCAGCUAUUAUCAAAUAGCAAACACAUGUAAAAUUUGUUGCCUUUUCCGUUUCCCAGUGUGGCCUCUUUUUCAUGAUAUGUUAUCAUGUUGGAUGUCAACUUCCAAAUAUAAAAUUUUAUAUAAAUGUUAAUUCCUAACUUUGCUCAACUUAAAAAAUUAUUUUUAAAAAGGUUAACAUAAUCCCUCCAAUGCAACAAGCACUCAAUAAAUAUCAAAAUAAAUAAUUUUCCAUGUAUCAUAAUAAUUUUAUCUGAUACAGUGACAGCCUGACCUACAAGUAUAAAGUAACAGCACAUAAACGUAAAGAGAAAAA